GCAGUUCAGCAACUUUCGUUUUUUAUAUAACAAGUGUUAGUCACUCAGAAUUCUGUCCAAUAUUGAACAAAUGAUUACUUUCCCGCCAAUUUGGUGAAUGUGGAAAUCUGAAUUGGUUGUGCAGUUUCUAAUCCAAAUACAAAUAACAAAAAAAAAAACGUAUAGUUGAUUUAAUUUAUAUUUAUAAACAGGUAAUAAAAUCGAUAUGCGAUAAUCGAUCAUUUAAAAUAGACGCAAUAACAAUACAAUAAAUAUUGUAUCGAUAUUUAAUCGAUGUACCGAUAUCCUAAUAUAUGUAUGCAAGUUUAAAAACAAUCAUCGUUUUAUUUAUUGAUAGCCAACAAUACAAACUAAUAUGAGUGACAGUCUGGAACACGCGCUCAGCAAAAUGCGAGAGAACAAGAUGUUCUCCGACUGUCUUAUAUUGGUAGAAGACCAAUCUUUUGCUUGCCAUAAAAAUAUUUUGGCUGUUGCAUCAGAGUUUUUUGAGCGUAUGUUUCUGGGCAAAUUCCAGGAGUCUCAAUCGGGCGAAAUUCGCUUGAAUGAGGUGAAGGCGGAGACGUUUAGCCACUUCCUUCAAUAUGUGUAUUCUUACAACAAGGAAAAACUCGCAGCACAUUCAGUUGCGAUGCUAACUGAGCUCCUCAAACUCGGUUCCUCCUGGCUGGUAGAUUCGAUUCAAAAAGACUGUGUUCAGAUCUUAAAAGGACGGAUCGGUGGUAUGACAAUCAGCGAUCUUGUCCCGACUUUUCAGAGCGCCCACGACACAAACCAUAACGAGCUCCAGGAAUGCUGUGUUCAGCGCUUGAAGUCAUUAUUUCGGAAUCAAAGUCAGUGUUUCAUAAGCGACGCAAUGGCACUGACUUCAGAUGCCUUCGAGCAGUACCUCAUUGCAAGCGGAGGAGGAAAUGUGCCCGAAAUCGAACGUUUCAAAAUGAUCGAGCUAUAUGUUAAAGUACAAGGACUUUAUGCCGAUUUCGCCGAGAAUUCAGAGGAUGUCGUCGAUGCUGAAAAGAAAGAAGUUAAGUUAAGAGUGACUUCUGAAGAAAGCGAUGUAGAAGAACCAGAACCGAAUGACAAACCAGGAACUUCUAAGGCGAUUUGCAAUAGCAGUGGAGAAGUUGCAGAUGAUGCAGUAGGCGAUCAAAAAGAAAGCAGGAUACAACGAACGCAUCUUAAAUAUAUAAAAACUUUGCUGGGCUACAUUGACUAUAACCGUAUGACUAAAAUUGAUUUUUACAACGUUGUCGGAAAGUCUAAUUUGCUAAACGACAAGGAGAAAUACGAAAAUCUUUUCUUAACUUGCUAAACCCGUUGAAAAUAUUUUCGAAUGAAUCGAUGGUUUUACUUAAAAAAAAAAAAACUAUGUUAUGAAACGAAAAAAAGAGAAGCUUUUAUUUUGCUACAACUGUUAAAAAGUAUUUCGAAAAUAACGAAUAUGUACGUCUGUGGAUUGGAUCAAAGCUUUGCUUUUUCAUUAUUGUUUAUUUGUCUUUAAUAAAAUAUAUUCUUUACAUAUGCCAAAA